AACCCCCAAUGCGCACUUCCCAACAGUAAUUCUCUCUCUGUUUUAUCUUUUUGUUGGUUACUGAAGACGCGCGCAGUUCAUCAAAACGGCGGCAAAUCCUCCGGGAAGGGUGGUUCUUUAUAUGCCGGCUAGUCUGAUCCGGUGAGUGUUGGAGCAUGAAGUUCUGGAAGAGCCUCAGCGGACUGAUCGAGGAGACGUUGCCUGAUUGGAGGGACAAGUUCUUAUCGUACAAGGAUUUAAAGAAGCAGCUGAAGCUGAUCUGCCCCAAGCCGGCUAACAAAAGGCCCAGAUUGGAGAACUCGGAUCUAGCAGACGGCGGGGAUUGCGGAUGCAGGGAGAAAACUGAGGUGGCUAAGGAGGUGAUCGAUUUCGUUCGUUUGUUGGAACAGGAGGUGGAGAAGUUCAAUGCGUUCUUCGUUGAAAAGGAAGAGGAGUAUGUCAUUAAAUGGAAGGAGCUGCAAGACAGAGUGGCAAAGGCUGAGGAUUCCAAUGAUGAAUUGAUGAAAGUGGGAAGAGAGAUUGUGGAUUUUCAUGGAGAGAUGGUUUUGUUGGAGAAUUACAGUGCACUUAAUUACACAGGACUGGUGAAGAUCUUAAAGAAAUAUGACAAACGAACUGGUGGUCUCAUUCGCAUGCCUUUCAUUCAGAAGGUCUUGCAAGAACCAUUCUUCAAAACUGAUGUGCUUAACAAGCUUGUAAAGGAAUGUGAAGCAAUACUUGAUCACGUGUUCUCUAUGAACAUAUCAUCAUCACUUGAAGAAACUAAGGAUGAUAAUGAGGGUCCCAACCAUUCCACUCUGAGUAAAGAAAUUCCUUUAUGCGUUCCUAAACAACUUGCUGAUAUUGAGCAUAUGGAGAGUAUGUAUGUUAAGCUAACUUCAUCAGCAUUGCGUGUUUUAAAGGAAGUUCGUAGUGGAAGUUCAACACUGAGCAUUUUCUCACUGCCUCCUAUGCAAAGUAAUGCCUUGGAGGAGGACUGGAAGAAAAUUCCUGUCUUAGAACAGAUCGCCAAAUAGCUUUUAACAUCUGGGGGAGUGAAAGAGAUGGAUCAUAGAGAGUUUUCCAUUUCCAAUCCCUCUCUCCCUCGCCUUUUACUUGUCCAGGCUAAUUUUUUCAGUAAAUUGGCUAACACUAGAUUAUGUACACCAACUGUUGUAUCUUUAAAUUAAACUACCCUUUGGAAGAGGGA